AAGGUACUUCGUCUCUUUUACUUCUCUUGUUCUUAAUGUUAUGUGCUUGUAAAUUAUUAGUUUGGAGGUGUGGGGUUUUGAACUUUGAUGCUAAACUUGUGAAGGUUUUCUUAAUCUUUAUAUAAUCCUUGGGAUUUUGGUGUCGUCUCUAUUGGGGAUAGUCUCUAUCUCUACGAGUAGGGUUAAGUCUGCGUACAAUCUAGCUUCCUGGACCCCAAUGUUGUUGUCUUUGUCUGUGCUUUUUAAGGAGUGAGACAUGUCUUUAUUGGGGACAUGUCUUUAUCUGGUUAAGGUUUGCGUACACUCUAUCUUCCUAGACCCCACUUGGAGAAGUGGAUAAGAGUGAGUGUUUGCUACAGUGGAGCAGAAGUUGGAUUAAGUUUUUCCUGUAGCUCCCUCUUGACAAAUACCAUUUGAAGCAACAGUUGGCGGCUGAUUGAUAUUAGAGUUGAAGUUUUGUAUGCUUCUGAUGACGCUUAAACCGUGGCUUGCCAUAUCUAUACUGUUUUCUUUCUUUCUAUCAAAUGUAAUAGGUGCAUUUGUUGGAAUAAACAUUGGGACGGAUGUUUCAAAUUCGCCCCCAGCUUCAGAUGUGGUUGCACUCCUUAAAGCUCGUCAGAUAACUCAUGUACGCCUAUUUAAUGCUGAUGCUCAUAUGUUGAAAGCUUUAGCCAACACUAGUAUCGAAGUUAUUAUCAGUGUUACAAAUAAUGAAGUCUUAGGAAUUGGAGAGUCGCCAUCAGCUGCUGCUGAUUGGGUAAAUAGAAAUGUGGCAGCUUACAUGCCCGGGGUAAAUAUUACGGCUAUUGCUGUGGGAAGUGAAGUUCUCACCGCUAUCCCAAAUGUUGCACCAGUUUUAGUUCCCGCUAUGAAUUACUUGCAUAAAGCAUUGGUGGCUUCACAACUUAAUCACCAAGUUAAAGUUUCAGCCCCACAAUCAAUGGACGUGAUAGCUAAGUCAUUUCCCCCUUCUACCGCCACUUUCAACUCUUCAUGGAACUCAACGAUCUUUCAGAUCCUUCAGUUUCUAAGAAAUACAAAUUCGUAUUACAUGUUGAAUGCUUAUCCGUAUUAUGAGUAUGUUCACUCUGAUGGAAUUUUUCCUAUUGAAUAUGCUCUUUUCCAACCUCUCUCUGCAGUGAAGCAGAUUGUUGAUCCGAACACUUUGUUUCAUUAUGAAAGCAUGUUUGAUGCUUUAGUUGAUGCUACAUACAACUCUAUUGAAGCACUCAACUUUUCAGAUAUACCUGUUGUUGUGACAGAGACUGGUUGGCCAUGGGCUGGCGAUUCCAAGGAGCCAGAUGCUACUAAAGAAAAUGCGGAAACUUUUAAUAAUAACCUGAUUCGGCGUGUUUCAAAUGAUACUGGUCCACCUAGUCAACCCAAAAAUCCCAUUAACACCUUUAUUUACGAGAUGUUCAAUGAAGACAAGAGACCUGGUCCGAUCUCAGAAAGAAGCUGGGGGAUCUUUUCUACAAAUGGGAGCGAGGUUUAUCCCAUAAGUCUGGGUUCCCCUGGUGGCAUUUCUGGCAAUUCUAGUAGAGCUUUUUGUGUAGCAAAACCGGGUGCGGACGAGAACAAAUUGCAGGACGGAAUUAACUGGGCUUGUGGCCAGGGACAUGCUAAUUGCAGCGCAAUUCAAUCUGGGCAGCCUUGUUAUUUCCCAGAUACUUUGCAGAAUCAUGCUUCAUAUGCUUACAAUGACUAUUAUCAGAGAAUGCGUAGCCUUGGUGGAACUUGUGAUUUUGAUGGUACAGCAACAAUGACAACUCAAGAUCCGAGUUCCAGAACAUGUAAAUUUACAGGAAGUUCGAGCCCAGGUGGUGGGGUGUUCCCUCCGGCAGCAUUUGGACCCAUCGGUCAGAUUUCACGGAGUUCAACGACCCGAUCGCCUGUUUUUGUUCGCACAGUGGUUGUAUUAUUGGCUUUGUUGAUGCUUGAUGUGAAUGUGCAUUUUGUUUUCUAGCAUAUUUAGAAGUGAAGAGUCUUUGCCUUUUUUGGAUUCCACUUUGUAUUUUGAAGGAAAAUUGAACCAACUUAGUGGUAGUGAUCAUUUUUAGAUGAUUGAUAUCUGUUUUUUGACACUCAGACCAGAUGAUUGAAAAUCCAAUUUUUUUUAAA